AUGGGUGGCGAUUUGCUUAUCAUCAGGGCACCAGAAAUGAACGCCCGGAACACUCUCUUCAUACAUUUACUAUGUUGGAACGCGGAAUAUGGUCGUGAUUUAGUCGACACCAUGCUCAAGUCGGUGUUCAUGCACGAUGCCUACGUUACAUACAUUGCUCUCAUCAAAUCUGUAAUAAGUUGUCCUGGUUCGGAAGAAGACAACGAUGACUUAGUACCAAUCCUCGAGCAGCACUCUGAUAAAUUAAGGUCGCUGUACGGAGAUUUUUAUAUCAGUGAACUGAUAUCCAGGCACCCGGAGUCUGAGAGGGUCAUAAUCGUCUGCGAGCACAGUGAAUUAGCAGUGGGAAUGAUGUGUCUCAAUACGCAAAUUAAUUAUGAAUCCUUGGAGGAGAACUUUGUGUUAACGCCGUUUGGAGGACUCAGGAAAUUGGUGAUAGGCCAAAAAUAUACGGCACCUAAAGUGAUUGAGUCCACUUGCAGCCUUUUACACGAGCCGCAUUACACUGAUUCUUCAAUAAAAUUAAAAGAUCCCAAAGAUAAGUCAAGGUCAAAUCCUGAAUUGACUGAAGAGUUGCCGCUCCAUCAGCUACAUAUACUGGACCUUUUUGAUGAUGAGGAUGAAGAGGAAUUUGAAUUCGAUAUAGUGAACAUUGACACCGAUUUAUUGAGGGUUCCCGAGUUUAUACGAUAUGACGCUUUCGGAGGACCUGCUGAAAAUAUUAUGAAUCUCAUUGAUGGACCGCCAGAAUUUAAUAAGGAGAAGAAGCCAGAAGGUUCAAAAAGGACCAUGUCUUCGAAUAGUACGUCAAGUUUCAAAGUGGAACCCACACGGUUUCAAGGUGAACCAAAUGCGUUCUUACUCGAAUUGUUCGCUAUGCAUCCUGCCUAUGAUCAGAGAUACGGUUUUGAUAUGCUAGAAGCAGCUUUUGAGCUGUUUCCUAACAGAGAUUAUUGUGUCAUGUGCAUUCCCACAAAUACGGCGUCUUUCCCUCUACUAGAACACUUUACGUUAGUUACGCCCUACGGCGUUAGAAUGAAGUAUAUUAAUGACUCCUUAUAUGUGGCUCACGUCAAUUCAGUUCGAGGAAAAUUGUCCGUCCGUCCCUUUGAGGCAAGCGAUUUAAAACCUCUAAAGGGCAUAUUAGAGUAUGCACCGCGUAAGGAUAAUUUAAUUGAUCUAUUUAAAUCCUCACUCGCGUCUCAUGUUAUGCAAGGGUUUACUUUACUUAGUGAGAACCAACCAAUGGGCGCUGUUGUUGUUGGGGCUUGUCCAUUCGCGUUAUGGGUUUUGGAGCUUCCAUUGACAAGUUUACCCAAAGUAUACGUGAGCAAUCGCAUCGUGGUUGUUGGUGCCAGUCGUACUGGAUUGGCUUUUCUAGAGACUUUACUGAUGGGGCCAACAUCCCAAUACUUGACGUUCAGUAACGUGACUCUGAUAUCGGAACAUGGUCUGCCGACAGUAGUAGAUUGUCUAAAGGCCGCUGAUAUAUGUGUCCCAAGAGAUGGCCGGUACAGUGACCGGUAUCUCAAGAGCGUGCCAUUCUACUACUAUUUAGACGUCAUGUGUGCCGUUAUGGUCAAGAUCGACAGAAAAAGAAAAUGCAUACACUUAAAAGAUUGCGGUACGAAGUACUACGAUGAACUGGUGCUGACGUGCGGUCAACAGUUCCAACAUCCAGAUUAUUUGAAAGAGUCAUUGGGAUUAGUUAAAGAAGUUGCUAAAGGCAAACCCUGCGAUAGAAUGUUGUUGGACAAUCCCAAUUAUAGACCCGAGACCGUACCCAUGCCUCCUAAGAUGCCCGAGAAUGUGUUUUUGAUCAACUCAUUGUUUGAAGCCAAUAUCUGUUUGAGGAAACUCAUGCGCAUGAUCAGUGAUCCCAAAAAAUACGGCGAACCUCUUAGCAAGACUAAUCAAGUGGUUGUUUACGGUGACUGCAUAGAAGCGUACUCCUGUCUCGCUGCACUCUUGGAGCUGGGGUUACAACCAGAACUAAUUGUCUUCGUGGAACCGUUCCCUUCGAAUGAGGAACCUGCUCCUAUCAGAGUCAACUGUUUUAAUGACGAGACGAUCGAUGCAAGAGUUCAAAGCACGGUGGAAAAUCUUGGUAUCAGUGUUUUACGAAAGUGUCACUUAGCAGCUUGGCAUCAGAUUGGCAACCGCGUCGAGUCUCUGGAGCUGAUGGCGCCGUUGAUAUCUAUAUCGUUGAGAUGUUUUGCCCUUUUCUACUACGGGCUACGAGCUAUUAAUUUACACGCGUUUAAAGGCAAGUCCUCUAUAAACGAAAGCGGUUUGGUCUAUGAUGGUGGAUUAGUUGUGAGUCCCACGUUUGAGACUAAUGAUCCUAGUAUAUAUGGAGCUGGGACCUGCGUGAGGUAUUCUCGGCGGCUGUACGCAGGUCAGAGCAUGCAUAAGAACCAUUAUUCUGAAGAUGUUGGUGAAGCGUUGGCGAGACUCUUUUUACUAAAGUUGGACCCAUUCAUGGUCGGAGAUCCAGAAAAGAGGGAGACACCGGCUGAUUUAUUACCAAGAUACAGCUCGUGUGGCUUAGGAUGGCAGCCAGUAAUGAAGUUUGAAUCUCCUAUCGUCCAUUAUGCGAUCUUCCCUGGUCCGUUAUACUACUUAAAGUUACGAAGUCCCGGUAAAGAGGUGCCAAUGGCUAUCCAACAGUGCUUACCUCGGCAGGGUCACACUCUAACGACGGAUAAGUGUGGCAAUUAUUUCCGUCUGCAUCUAAAUGUGCUGCAUGUGGUGGACGCUGUCACCUGCCUCUCACACAAGCCUUUUUGUCCGGAGAUACUGCAGCAGUUAUAUGGAAAACAUGAAGCCUUCUUCAAUAAACUCUUUAUUCGAUUCCAGAAGAAAGAAAUUAGCGAUUUCUACGAAUUCUUCACUCAACCUUGGAUGUCGGCGUUGUACCAGGAAUCGUUCAGAGACCUCGUUGAUAAUAUUAAUGAACAAGAUAUUGGAACGUUGGCGCUGCAGUAUAACUUCACCUCAUGA